AGAAAAAUUUUCUGAAGUUAUUUUCCGAAUUUUCAUGGCCAAACAUCAUGAUUUCCAAUUCCGGAAAAAAAGGAAAAUUUUUCAAGGCCAAACGGGCCCUUAGUAUUUGAAAUUUGAGCAUGAUAUGUGAAGGUAAAUUUGCUAUUGAAGUAUAAAUAUUGGGCGGCGCCAGGCAGUAGUGUAUGCAUAGCAGAACAGGAAUACUUGUCUUACUUAUCAAAAUCCCUAAUUCUCAUUGAUCAAACCAUCAAACCUCCAUGGAAAGAAUUGGUGAACUAGAAUCGAACAAGAAAAAGAAGCAAGUAGAGAGCUCCUCCAAUGAGCCUGGCUAAAGCUGACCCCGUUCUCACAAGCAAUGAUCCCCGUGGUGAUAGCUCUCUGUUGCAGUUUGCUUUCGAAGAAUUCCAGUUAUUGCUCUCGGAGAAAUGGAUUCGUUUUGUAGAAGGCAUAUCUCAUGCUCUUGUUGGUCGAAUCCAGGAUGAAGCUGCUUGCGUUCUCAAAGGCAAAGGUUUUGAGGCAUCACCAUUACUUGAAAAAUUUCUGGAUGGUGAUAUGCAGUCAACCGCUGCCAUUGACCAAAGAACGCAAAGAAAUGCUCUCGGACAUAUUGAGUCAUAUUGUAGAAAAUGUAUACUCUGUUCUGGUUGAUUGUCUGGAGAGUAAAUAUCUGGUGCAGCUCCAGGUAACGAAAGCUGCCCAUGAUUCUGGUAGCCACAGUGAUUCUGGUGUUUUGCUUGGUGGUGUCUCUCUGCGGCAGUUUGCAAUCAAAGAAUUCCAAAAAUUGCUCUCUGAAAAAGGGAAUCCUUGUUUAGAAGAUAUAUCUUAUGGUUUAAUUCGUGGACUAGUCAUACAGAGAAAGUGUUGUCUACAACUCCAGUUUGAAGCUGUUUGGCUUCUCAAUUACAAGGAUUUUAAGGGCUUGCCAUUACUUGAAAAGUUUCUGCAUGAUCGUAUGGUGCAUGAUCGUAUGCUUUGGUCGAUAGUUGCCCCUAUUUUACCUAGCAGUCUACAACCAGUGACCAGGAGCCUUGGUAAAGUUGCUGCCAUGUGACCAGGAGGUCACGGGUUCAAG